UUUGUUGAUUUUUUCGGUGAUUCCUCCGAGAAUUCUUUUAGAAAAUUUUUCACUGUAUCCUUUAGAAAUUAAUAAAAGAGAUCUUCUAGAGAUUCAUACAGAAAUUUAUUACAUUUUUUUAAAUAGAAUUUAUUGAUUCAUUGUUAGGUUCGAACGACUUUUCUUGAAGAUUGUCAUGAGUAUUUUGUCGAGAAAAUUUUCCAAGAAUUUCUUGCCAAAAAACCAGCAACCAAGACUGUAAUUUCUCUGACUAUUCCUAAACAAUUUUUCCCGUGAAUUCCGCCAGAGGUAUAGGGAGAAUCCCGGCAAAAUGUUAAACAAAAUAUAAUCCAGAGGUUCAUUUGAUAUUUUUUUGUAAUUUUUUAAACAAUUUACAUGAAGAAUUCUCCAAGCAUGCCUUAAGAACCCAAAACAUAUAUAAAUCUUUACAUAAGUUCUCUUCUAUUGUGGUUUAUUGGGUAUUCAAAAGUUUCCACCAAGAACCAGCUACCAAGACAAUAAUUCCUCUUUCAAUUCCCAUACCAUCCUUUCCACGGAUUUCACCGCAUAUUUUACGGAAAUUCAUCCAAAAAGUCCUGCAGGAUAAUGUUCAGGAUUUCGUUUGGUGAUUUUUCCAUCAUUUUACAUACCGAAUCAUCCAGAAAUUCCUCAAGGACCAGAAGAACGUUUAGAAAUCCUUGCACAAACACUAUCCUGUAGUAGCGCAUUAGGUAUUCCUGAAGAAGAAACAUUAGAGAUUAUUGAACGAUUUCCUUUAGAAGUCCCUAUAGGAUUUUUUCAUGAAUUCUCCCUGAUUGCCUCUAGAGAUGCCCUGGUUACUGGUUGAAAUCUUUGAGAAAUCCUAAAAUAAAAGUCCGUGAAUUGAUGUAUUCUUAGAGUGAAAUCCAAGGCAGAUUUCCAGAAAAAAAAUCUACAAAGUUUCAGAAAAUAUGUCUAGAGAGAUUCUUAGAGGAAGUCCUGCAAAUAUCCCCAAAUGAAGUUUCAAUUUGAAAAAAAAAAAACAUCAACUCACCUUGACUCCCUCCUUAGACGCUCAUGACUAUUGUGUUAGAAAGUGAGGAUGGGAAAAACUCCCAUGUCAUCCUUACUGGGAAACUGAAAUAAAAUAAUAGUCAAGCAACUGUUCAACAAAUAACCCUCCUCUCAGAGCCAACAUGAGUCCCUCCGCUAGAUAAAUGUAUUUGGAAACGAAAAGAAACGACGACGACGACGGCAACGACGAGGGUGAUACCGGUCAACGGAAGUGGUAAUGUUGCAUUCUUGAAAUCUACAGCUAGAGCUUUCGAUUGUGAAUCAAACCAAAACUAUGCAACGAAUUCAGAUGUGUGAUCAGAUAAAACACUAAGGACGGUCAGAGCUAAACUUUGCGGAGCGUAAGCAUUUUCCCCUUGGAUUUACCUUUUUUUUCGGUGCUUAGAUUGAAUUGUGUACUUUCCAAGGAAAUGCUAACGAUUGAACAGGGACAGUGGCCGAGCGGUGAAUUAUUUUUUCCUUCCAAGCGAUCUAACGACCAAUCCAAUCCCACUUCCAACAGUCAGUGAGUGGAAUGAAGAAGGGAAGCAUUGGAUUUUCCGGUUUGUUGAAUCUGAUAAAAUAUGAGCAGAUAGGAAAAUUUCCCCAUUCUCGGAUCGUUGUCGGCUGGGUCGAUGGCAAUAAGCGAGUAAAUAAGGCACCCGGUGGAGAGUGAAAUCGUUUAUUGAAUAAAUCUUCUGCGAUUGUUUCCUGGGUAUUGCCUGGUUUUUUCCCUAGUGCUAGUUUGGUGGUAUUGCCGAUUUGCUUCGAGUGGUUCAUUAAGAGAAGAAGAAAUCAAUUUUUUGGUCAUUAGGGGCAGUUGGCCGAGAAGUAAGGAAAAACUGUGAGCGGUGAAAAUGCAGACGAAGUUUGUUAAACGGAAAUGAUUGAAGUGAUGAUCGGCGAUUUGUAAGGAAGAUGAUUCUAUUUAUGUGGUGGCUUGAACUGAAUUUUGAACUUUUAUGGUUUUGUUUUUACUUAUAUUUUUAAUUACAAAUAUAUUCUGCUGACUUCUACAAACUUUUGAACAUAUCUUUAUUGAAGCAUGUAUAAUUCUACAUAAAAGUUGUUUGAGUUGCAAGCGUCCAAAGAUUCUGAAUUUCGUCAUUAUUGAACGUUUUUCUAAAAUGACCCUCACCUAGAUAAAUAAUUUACCUUUUAUUAUUGUUAGUGUUUUGUAGUAUAAAUUGAAUAAUUUUUCUUUCGGAAAAAGCAGGAAAAUCAAAUGGGGUCAACUUUCAAUUCGGCGCAACCAGAAGUUUGAGAAUUAUUUUCCUCCAAUAAAAAAAGAAAAUUUCAGUACCUUUUCAGAAGCUGUUGAAAAAAUAAAUGUAUUUCUCAUUCAAUCCAGAUAUACCAAGCCAGUGACAGAAGAUAAGAGUGUUGCCGGCAUGGCACAUGAGAGAAAAUUGUGAUCAUAAUCGAAAAACGAGUGUUCCCAAUGUGUGAAUGUGUGUGUAUGACUCGCAUAAUAAAGUAUUAGCAUACAUAGAAAAAAUAGCACAAAAAUGACCGACAUCAACCGCAACGGUCCGAGCUUUCUGAAGCACAAUGGAAAAAUCGAAUCGACGGGUGGUCCCAGUGCUUCCAGUACGCUCAAGCGUAACAAUAGCUAUCAUCAACGGUUGAAAAAAUCCUACAGCGAAUGUGAGUAUGCCGGGACCGGACCUCCGGCAAACAACAAUGGACAGCAAUCAACGGUCAGUCGAAAUGGGACCACCGGCGGAUCCGGCAAGUGGCGAUCUCAGCAGCAAGCGUCAACGCAGGUCGCCACUUCUGCCAAACUGGACACCGCCAACAUCAUCUCCACCGCUAACACUUCGGCUGAUGAUGAUUUUAAACACUUUCACACGCUUCGUAACAGCUACGGGGGGAAAUCCAAUUUAAAUGUAAAUAGCACCAACGAGUCCUCAAUAAAAACGCAAGUUCUGCUCCAUCAGCAGAAACUGAAAGAGUACAGCAAAUACGCUUCGGUUGCAGCUUCGGCCGCUGCGGAUAUGAACAACGAUAGCUACUCGACCUGUUCCUCGUCACAGUCCGACUAUCAACAUCCGCAGCAUCAUUCGCACAAACAUCAUCAUCGAUACCAUCACCACCACCACCAUCAGCAUCAUCAGCAGCACCUUGCUUCCCAGUCUUCGUCGGCUCAGCCAUAUCCGGUGUCAACGACGGUGGCAGCCAAUGCCACUUUGACCCGACCCAUAGCUGCCGGUCACAACGCUUCCAGUUCUUCCAUCUUGAAAAACAACAAGGACGCAUCGGGGGGAGGAGGCAGUGCGAAGAAUUCACUCAGGCGUGGUGCCGGCGGAUUAAGCACUUUGUCACUGUGCAGCUGCGAUGCCGAGACGGAGAUAAUACCGAAUCCAUUAAGGCCUCUCUAUCAGUAUAGCUUGGACCGGAAGAACACACGGCAGCAUACGUAUACGUGCGAACAGAACGCCCAGAUUUUGCUGCGACUGGAAAAGGACCGUGCAAGAAAGUACGGCUCAUCUGGAAAACUGAACUUUACCGCCUCCACUAGUGACCUCACGACACUGCCCACGUCUGCCAGCAUAGGUGGUCUACAAAAAUCGGCCACCACAACGACCAUGGUCCCAAUGACUUCCACAACGGCGUCGACACCGGUCACUGCAUCAACGACGAUGACGAUGCCGGCAACGGAACUCAGAGCCGGAAGCUGCAAUAACGAGACUGUAUCCAUGGGGACACUCCAGUACCGUAGCGGCAUCUACCCGGAAAACAGCUACAUCGAGGAUGAGCCGUUCGUGGAGGACAUGAUUCCACCGCCCCCACCACCCCUCAACCGGCGACCUUCCUAUGGGUACAGCUGCAUCGCACAACCGGUAGCUAACGAACCUGGAGGACUCGCACAGCAACCGUCUGGCGUUCUCGCUAAUGAUCUGACCUCGACGGUCAAUGGCAACAAUGGCAUCAUUAAUAAUUAUCCCUCGAAUCAGCCGGACUUGUUCAAUUUUGCAUCGACGACGGCCGGAAACGGUGCCAGUUCACAAAUACUGCAGCAACAGCACUCAAGCGGUCCUAACUCGACGCGGAAAUCCACGCUGAAAAAUAAAUCAAGCACCAAAACGUUGACCAACGUGGACACUACAUCCAUCACCGGAACCGACGUCCACAAAGCCAAACUAAAGAAGAGUGGAUCGAACUUUGACAUGAUGAAUAAUGGCACUUUCAUUGACACAGGAGGUGGAAGCGGCGAUGACCCAACUAUACCCGUGAAGCAGUUUCCGCCCUACUACUUCGACGAUAACUAUCUCAAUCACAGCUUACACCAACAUUUCUACUAUCAAAAUCCGGACGGGAGCUUUCCUGUCACCGGCAUAAAGAAUGACACCGAGGGUCAGCUGUACCUGUAUCACCAUGAACCAGCAUCCUAUAUUCCGAACUACGACACGUUGAACAUGCCCUCGAAAUACAACACCAUCGGACCAGGUGGGAGUGUCGUUGGGACGGCUGACGGAUCUGGCGGAGGUCACAUGGACUAUAUCGGGAACACCAAAUAUCAUCACGCCAGUUCAUGCAACCUUAAUCAGUUUAGUUCGACGGCGAAGAGUAAUCUUAUUAGCAGCCAUCAGCACCACUUUUCCAACUCGAUCAGUAAUUUCAACUUUAAUCCAUCGCAAUAUUUCGGCACCGGACUGGAACCUCCCGGGGCGACGAUUAUUGGUGGACCGGGUGGCCUCGGGGUGAUGGGCGGAGACGUUUUUACGUCCAGCAUCAGCCUGAACGGUGGGACACCUAACAAGCAGCAGCACCCGUGGAAGCACCGGCAAUGCCCCAGCCGGGGAUCCAGCAGCACCGGAUCCGGUUCGUCAAAAUGGGACCUACCCUCGCGCCAGUGGCUGGCGGUGACUUCGAUCCUGCUGAUAGCGGGUGCCGCCGGUGUGGCCGUUCCGUUUGCCUUAAAAGUUUCGGCCGGGGCACCGCUCGAGGAACGCAUCCAGGUCGCAACCCAGCUGCUCGACACAGUGCCUUUAAUCGACGGACACAACGAUCUGCCGUGGAACAUUAGGAAAUUUUUACAUAAUCAGCUCAACGAGUUUCGGUUUGAGGACGACUUGAAACUGAUAUCACCGUGGUCCAAAAGUGCUUGGAGUCACACCGAUUUGCAAAGACUGAAACGCGGCCGAAUAUCUGCACAGUUUUGGGCCGCGUACGUGCCCUGUGAGGCUCAACACAAGGACGCCGUGCAGAUCACGCUGGAGCAAAUUGAUGUAAUUAAAAGACUGACGGAACGCUAUUCACCACAUCUAACGGCAUGUGCUUCAGUUCACGAUAUCGUUCAAGCGCACAAAAACCAUCAAAUGUGUUCACUAAUUGGAGUCGAGGGCGGACACUCGCUCGGCGGUUCUUUGGGUGUCCUGCGGAUUUACUAUGCACUCGGGGUACGCUACAUGACCCUGACGUCCACCUGUCACACACCAUGGGCGGACUCGAGUAACGCCGAUGGUCCCAAGUACGACAUCAAGCACGGUGGCCUGACGGCUUACGGAAAGACAAUCGUCCGGGAGAUGAACCGCCUCGGUAUGAUAGUGGACCUAUCGAAGUCGUCAGUCGCAACCAUGAAGGACGUGCUGGCAACCUCGCAAGCACCGGUCAUAUUUUCCCACUCGUCGGCCUAUGCCCUGUGCAACUCCAGCCGGAACGUCCAGGACGAGGUGCUGCAGCUGGUAACGAAGAACCGUGGCCUAGUGAUGGUCAACUUUUACAACAAAUUCCUCAGCUGUACCGAAAACGCCACCGUGGAGGAUGCUGUCGCGCACAUAAAUCAUAUAAGACAGAUUGCCGGAAUCGAUCACGUGGGUCUCGGUGCCGGAUACGAUGGCAUUAAUUUCACACCACGGGGUCUAGAAGACGUCGGUUCAUACCCGAGAUUGUUCGCCGAGCUACUCGGCAGAGGUUGGACGGCUGAAGAGCUGGAAAAGUUGGCCGGCCGAAACCUACUACGGGUCAUGGAAGAUGUGGAAAAGGUUCGCGAAAAUCAACGACUCUCCGGCGUUCGCCCGUACGAAGACAUUCCGGUUGCACUGCGAGCUGAAGAGCACUUCAACUGCACAACUAACAGUUAAUGAACUGUUUAUAAACCAUAAGCUCAACUCCAUCUAGAUUAACUAUAGGGGUUCUGUGUCAGAGCCCCAACUACACACAACACUGCGACUGAUUAAUCGGUGAGAAACCAAUCUUCUGCCACGUGGCGGAGACCACUCUCGAUAAAGGACUGAAUGGCGUAGCUGGUGUGCGUUGGUAGUAUAAUUACUCUUCAAAUACCUUCAACAGUUGAUGACUAGGUACAUUUGAGAUUUUUAGGAAAAUUAUAUAUAUUUUUCGAGGAAAGCCAAUAUCUCUAUGAGAAAUGCCUUUUUUACGAACAGACAAAAAUACACAAACACACAAACAUAUUUAAAUUAAGGUAGGGAAAAUGCUGAGUUCGUAUUUCCACGCUAAAAAUCAUCUCUCAUCGUUAAAAAAAGAUAGCAAAAAAUGAAUAAUCUGUAAUAAUGGAAGAGGAAGUUGAGUUGAGUAGUGGUCAUAGCAAAAAAAAAAGAGUCUAGCAU